AUGGGAACCCGCAAUCAGCUUUGGUCGAUCGCCAAGAUGUCGGUGACCGGGGGUGUAAUCGGCAUCACCAUUUCCGACCGCUACGUCGCCGUGGUGGCCAUAAAGGGCCACUCGAUGCAUCCCACCAUGACGGGCACCGACAGCGCCUUGCGAGGUGACAUCGUGUUAGCGGAGAAGGGCUGCCUCGAUCAGUACAAAUUCUCCCGUGGAGAUGUCAUUUUGUUCAAAUGCCCUAGUAAUCACAAGGAAGUGUUUGUGAAGAGACUGAUUGGCUUACCUGGUGAGUGGAUACAGCUCCCUGCGUCUUCUGAGAUAAUUAAGGUCCCACAGGGGCAUUGCUGGGUUGAAGGGGAUAAUGCUGCUAGAAGCUGGGAUUCAAGAUCAUUUGGCCCAAUCCCUUUAGGCCUAAUAAACGGGAGGGUCACCCACAUCAUCUGGCCGCCGUCGAAGAUGGGCAGAGUGGAGAGAAAAUGGCCCGAAGAUAGAAUCCCGCCGUUUUGA